CUUCAAGAAAAGGAAAAUGACUGUUGAAGGAAAAGUCGGGAGGAAAACUGACUUUAUUAUAUAUUGUGCGUGAAAAGAUCCAAGUACGAGCAUCACGAACUGCAUGAUUUUCCCUCCUCCGUCUUCAAACUCAACGAGCUAACUACAACUACGAGGCGAUGUUUGGGGGGCAAGGAAAGGAAUCGAUCGAUGUUGUCACUAUUGACAGUAGCGAUGAUGAAGGCGGCGCCACAGUCGGAAAAAGGAACACUAGUAUCCCAUUGGAAGCGCCAUUAGUGGAAACUAAGCCGCUAGUUCGGAGUACUGGAACAAAUCAUCCAUCGGCGUCGAGCUAUGCGGCACUCGAGUCUCGGAGUUUCUGGAAGGCUGGGAACUACAGCGUCGGUCCCACAAAGUCCGCGGCACUCCAAGGUGAAUUGGAGCACGCCCGUGUACAUCCCAAGUUUCUGCAUUCCAAUGCAACUUCUCACAAGUGGGCAUUUGGAGCAAUAGCCGAGCUCUUGGACAAUGCCGUGGAUGAGAUAUGCAAUGGUGCCACUUUUGUGAAGGUUGAUAGAAUAUAUAACUUGAGAGAUAACUCUCCUGCUUUACUUUUCCAAGACAAUGGUGGUGGAAUGGAUCCUGGUUGCUUGCGGAAAUGCAUGAGCUUGGGUUACUCUUCAAAGAAGGCCAACACAACAAUUGGGCAGUAUGGUAAUGGAUUCAAGACAAGUACCAUGCGACUUGGAGCUGAUGUAAUUGUUCUCAGUCGUGCAGCCAGGGGAGGCAAAGAAACCCAAAGUGCCGGUCUUCUGUCUUAUACUUUUUUGAGGAAAACUGGGCAGGAUGAUGUCAUGGUUCCAAUGGUUGACUUUGACAUCUCUACUCAUUGGGCAGAACCAAUAAUAUACAGCUCUCAAGAUGAUUGGUCUACUAACUUGAAAACCAUUCUUGAAUGGUCUCCCUUUGCAUCAAAAGAUGAGCUUAUGCUUCAGUUUGAGGACAUAGGUUCACAUGGAACAAAAAUAAUAAUAUACAAUCUAUGGCUAAAUGAUGAAGGCAUAUUCGAAUUGAAUUUUGAUGAUGAUGACGAGGAUAUAAGGUUGAGAGACGAAGCUAAUAGUGGGGCCAUGUCCAGAACUAACAAGAGAACGCGUGAAUUGCAAUCCCAUAUUUCCUAUCGCAUCCGCUAUUCAUUGCGGGCAUAUGCAUCAAUUUUAUACCUCAGAAAAUUCACAAACUUCCAGAUAAUACUGAGGGGCAAACCAGUUGAGCAGUUUAAUAUUGUAGAUGAGUUGAAGUAUCAAAAAAAAGUCGUGUACAAACCACAGCUUGGUACAGUACUAAUGGAGGUCUUGGUUGAAACUACGAUUGGAUUUCUUAAAGAAGCCCCUGCUAUUGCAGUUAGUGGGUUUAAUGUGUACCAUAAAAACCGCCUUAUCAGGCCUUUCUGGAAAGUUACGAGUGAUGGUUCUUCCAAAGGAAAUGGUGUUGUUGGAGUUCUUGAGGCUAAUUUUAUAGAACCAGCACAUGACAAGCAGGAUUUUGAGAGAUCAUCUUUAUUUAUCCGGCUGGAAAUGAGGAUGAAACAGAUGGUAGCGGACUACUGGAAAGGUCACUGUCACUUCAUAGGAUUCAAGCCUUAUGAUCCCAAUUUACGUAACAUGCAGAAGGAACAUCCAGUCCAACAUCCUGCUCGACACAUGGCAAAUGUACAGAAGCAGUUGCUAAAUGUUAAUCAUAUUAGUGGUCUUUCUAGGACCAGUACUCAUGAUGGAUUGCCUGCUGCUCGUCCAACUGGUCAUGCAACUGUGUCUGUACAGGAACCGGCAUCUGUAAAUUGUUCAAGGUCGACAUUGAUUGAUCAGAUAUGUGAAGAGAACAUCCACUUGUUCAUGAGGUGUGAGGAACAGAUCCAAAAGGAGAAAGAAUUGAAAGAAACAGUUGAAACUUUAGAGAAACAGUUGGAACGAACCAAAAGGAAGUGUGCUCGGCUUUCUGCACACUUAGAAAGUAGGAGAACACAGAAAGAAAUUCGACCAAAAGAAAAUUUUUGACGAGCUCCACAUUGACCCUGGAAGGUUCCCGAAACAAGGACCCAAGUGUAAAACUAGGAGAAGGGCAAGGUUUCCAAAGGAAGCAGAAGAAAUGUGGAGACUAUACCCAAGUGGGGUUGGGGGUGGGGAUCUCUCUGUUGCGAAUUGAAUUUCUGCAAGGAAGGGAGAUGGAAGGAAAUCGGGAAGUAGAAUGGAGGUUACUCUAGUUAAGUUUUAAGCACUGCUGGUUAACGUCUAUGAUGUAAAAAUUUAGUUCACUUGUCAAUGCAUUUAUAACAGUUGAUAGGUGCAGCUACAACUCAUAAACAGUGUAAACAUACUUUAUAUUAUUUUGUAUAUUAGUAUAUAGUUGUUUGUGUUAAUACGUA